AUGUUCGACUAUAUCAACUUCAUUCUCUUCGCGACUUCGACACCUAUUCUGGUCAAUAUCGCCUUCCGUCAUCCCUACUCUUGGCUCCACACUAUCCUUCUGGCACAAGCUUUUGCGGUAUUCUUCAGCUUCUGCUCCCUCAUCGAUGCCAUCUUUGUCCAACCGUUCUUGUUCAGCAGCCUCCGUGAACUUCCCACGGCAGGCCAAGACCCCAUCUGGACACGAUUGUUCAAAGAACCUACUGGCGACCAACUCCUCCGAUUCAUGCGUCAAAGCCCCUCCAGUCAGAUAAUCCGAUACUUCGGUGUCCUCAACUCCGAGAGGCUGCUUCUCACAGACCCGAAAGACUUGAAACAAGUUCUGGAUUCGGAAGCCUACGAAUUCGGCCGCUCAUAUCUCAUUCGCCGUCUGUUGUCUCCGAUCAAUGGUGUCGAUGGCCAGACACCGGGACCUGAUAACGCUGUUGAGAUACUCAAAUGGCUUGAGAAAACCACGUUCCAAGUCAUAGUCACUGCCGUCUUCGGCACAACAACGGCCGACAUCCAGACCCACAUCGAGGACCUAUUGGCAGAGUUUCGAGAUGCAUUCUCCAUAUCGUCAGGGCUCCAUGCUCAAGCAGAGAUGGCGUGGGAGACAAUCCUUCCGUCGCACUUGUUCUUUGGUUUGAUACCACUGGACGACGUAAGAAAGGCGAAGAGCUCAAUGCAGGGGAUCAAAGCAUACUGUCAGAAGCAGAUAGCAAAAAGGAGGUUAGAGUACACUCCAGAAUCUCGAAAGUUACCAGACAAGAACAUCCUUGACACUGCGAUCAAGUCGGAAGACCUUAGUGAUGAGGAAAUUUUGCAAUUGUGUACGACCUUUUUGGCAACUGGAUACAAGACCGUCUCUGUGGCAGCUUUGCUACGCACAGAAGUCCGUAGACAUUUUCCUGCACCAGGUCAAGCUGGCUCUCCUCCCUUCAAACCGGACUUGCUUCAAAACAUGCCUGUAUUGACAGCUGUCUGCAAUGAAACCUUGCGAUUCGCCCCCUUGGUCCAUUUAACAUUCAGAGAAGCGCGCACUGAUAUCUUGUUAUCUGGGUCUAAUCAAGUUGUGCCGGAGGGCACGAUAUUAGCAAUAUCACCUUGGGCGAUCCAUAGAUCACCGGUGUACUGGCGAGGUGGAGAAUCGUCAGUUGGAUUCUCGAGCACGUCCCAUACUGCUUGCCCAAGUCCAUCUACUUGGGAUAUGACACGUUGGCUGUUGGACAAGAAGGGAGGCGCGAGAAUGCAAUGCUCAUUCAUGCCGUUUGGACGAGGACCACGAAGUUGCAUCGCGGAGACAUUCGCUCGAGACGAAAUGGCGAUCUUACUUGCAGCUUUGGUAGGAAGGUUCGACUUCUCGUUCCGGUCCAGUGGUCGCGAUGGCAAUGCGACACCUGAAGACUUGAGAGUCUCGUUCGGCGUAGCAGCCAAGCCUGUGAAGCUCAUAGUCCGGGCUCAGCCGGUGGAUGGAUGGUGA